CGCUUGCAUUCGCGGUAUACAGCGCCCGCCGCCCGCCGUCCGCCCCCCCAACCCCCUCCCCUUUCGAACCACCGACCCGGAACUACCACCUCCUACUCUGCCGCUGCUGCUGCUGCUGCUGCCGCCGCCGCGUCGUGUCCCCGAGCUGGCAUAUGGGCCUCGAACCGUCGAGCGCGGGCCACAACACCGCCGCGGGACUCGUGUUCCCCAUGGGCUAGCCCACAGCUGGAUGUAGCUGCACACUGGGGAGGAUGAGCUUUCGCGACACCACCCCUUCUUCGGAUCGACAUGGCUCGGCUGGCGCAGAGUCGACGCGCUCGACCGACACGAUUCGUGGUCCGUUCGCGAGCUUCUCGACCUCGACUGCGAGGAGCCAGCCACCGAAGCUGCAUACCAGACGCGACAAGUCCCAACGUCAGGACUCCGAGGUCUCACCUUUGACGCUCCCCAAACCUCAGCCGGGCAAUGCACGCGCCGACAGCAUUGCACCAUGGGAAGACACUACACCACCCGCCAUGUCGGCCACCCGCUGCUCUGGCAGCAUCCCUGCCAUUCGACAAACGCCGCCGACUGCACAUCCUAUGGCGUGGAGCGACGGUAAUGAGAAUCAAGGGCCCAUGCCGCAGUCGAUAUUUACUGGCAGCUUCUGCAAUGAUAGCAAAGAAGACCUCGGUCAGAUAUCGCCAGGCUUUGCGCCCGGCAAUGGCAUGUGCUUUCCCAUCGAUGGCGAUGAUAGACGGCCGUCCAUUGCCAGCGCGACCACGGUCUCGUCAACAGGCUCCAAGAUCAGUGUGCAGGAUCGCAUGCAGAAAAAGCUCAGAGGCUUCUUUGGCGAGAACGAGGUGCCCGGGGGAAAGGAGGGCCGCCAGAACUCGGAGGCGAGCUCGAUGCAGAAUGGCUCCUUGCCCCCAUUUGGGCAUGGAGUCGUCUCAGGGAGAAAUAGGAACAACUCUAUGAAUGAUGCGAUGCUGCAAAGCAGUCCGCCGAGCCCCGGUUCCAGGCCGCGAACUCCUGUGCCUCCGCCCUCCAGCGAGGUCACGCCGUGGGCUUUCCAAGAUCCCAAGCAGCAGACUGCACGAAAUGCAUCGGAAUCGAGCUUGCCGGCUGACAACAACAGCACCAGCAGCAGUCGCAAGACCUCGAGGCUGCACUUACCUAGCCAUAGGCACAAUCGUAGUAUCGAGGAGAAGGCACACGGCUUUCCGUUGCGGCCAUCCACCUCCCGUGAGCAAUCUUUCAGUAUUGGACGCGGAGGCAGCAAUGCUGCCAACGCAAUGAGCUCGGCACUCAACAUCAAGUCCGUUCGUUCGACGAGUCCAGCCCCGAGUGCCCACAGUGCCAUUGGCGGACAGACAGGCCAGUCACCAGUCAUUGGUGGACAAAAGCGAUCGCUCUUUGAUCGCGUCACGGGUCGACGGAAGGGAGACAAAGAAGCAUUGCAGUCGCAAUCUCACACUUCUUUGAUCCCUAUGCAACCAGCGCCCUCACGCGAGCGGGCAGACAGCAAAGGGAAAAGCGGAAAGGGCAAGGCGGAAAUUGCCAAUGGCGGUGCUGCGCCGGUACAGAAGAAAGGCCCUCGGCUACCUUUCAAAAGCAGCAAGACGGCGGAAGCGAAUGUCGACCAAGUGAGACCCAUCAGAGAUCCCAAUGCGCCGCACGCAGACGCUGGAGACGCACUUUGGCAUCUAGAUACAGAUAUGUCGCAUAUGGAGGGCAUCAUCGACCACCGAAAUCCCCCUGUGGGCUCGCCGCACAACGAGAUAUACACUGGGUGGCCUCCCGAAGAGGCACCUCCAGAACAGCCCGAUGAAAAGGGCGCCUGGGAUGCGCCAGACAGUUGGGCGGUGCAGAAGGUGGCAGACGAGAACAUGCGCCGUCUCACCGAGCUUGACGACGAAGGCGAUGUCAGGAGAGAUGACUCUGGACCGAUGUUCUUCAUGCGUAUCUUUCGAGCCGACAGCACCUUUGCAGUCAUAUCUGCCAGUCUCAACACCACAGCCGCGGAGCUCAUUUCCAUGAUGGCGAAGAAGACUUUUCUUCAGGACGAACUGGACAAGUACCAAAUAGUGAUGCGUAAACAGGACACAAGCCGCCAGCUGGGAUCCGGCGAAAGACCCCUGAUAAUGCAAAAACGGCUGUUGGAGCUAGUGGGAUAUCAAGAAAAGGAUCAUCUCGAAGAUCUGGGUCGGGAAGAUCAUGGGUAUCUGUGUCGUUUCACCUUUUUGCCCUCCAAAAUGAGCGGGUAUAGUAGUCUCGAACGUGACCCUGGAUUCAACAAGAUGCAACGAUUCAACCACAUCGAUCUCUCCGGCCGGAAUCUGAUCACGAUACCUAUCACGCUCUACCAGAAAUCAACAGAGAUCAUUACUCUCAACUUGUCCAGGAAUCUGACUCUCGAUAUACCAAAGGAUUUUGUGCAGAGCUGUUCCAAUCUUCGAGAGAUCAAAUACACCAGCAACGAAGCCUGGAAAUUGCCUCCCGGUCUCGCACUUGCGCAAAAGCUUACCACGCUGGACGUAUCGAACAACAGGCUCGAGUCGCUAGAGCAUGCAGAGCUUUACAAGCUGAGCGGGCUUCUCAGCUUGAAGUUGUCGAAUAACAUGCUCACGACUGUGCCCAGCUACUUUGCCCAAUAUCGAUGCUUACGAAGUCUCAACCUGUCGUCAAACUCAUUGACAGAAUUCCCGCCUGCAUUGCGCGACCUGACGACCUUGGUCGAUCUGGACAUUAGCUUCAACUCGAUUUCCUCCUUGGGCGACAUCCACACUCUGACCAACUUGGAGCGAUUGUGGGCGACUAACAACAGGCUCUCGGGUCCCUUCGAUGCUUCAUUCAGCUCGCUUGUGAAUCUUCGAGAGAUCGAUGCUCGAUUCAACAACAUCAGCAACAUCGAUAUUGUGUCACAACUACCAAAGCUGGAAGCACUCAUGCUUGGGCACAAUGGCGUCUCGCAAUUCGAGGGCUCGUUUCAAUGCCUCAAAGUACUGUUUCUGAACCACAACCCUGUCACGAACUUUGACCUCAAUGCACCAGUACCCACCCUGUCAGUGCUGAACUUGGCCUCCGCGAAGCUGGCGAGACUACCAGACGCACUGUUCAUGAAGAUGUCUGGACUUACCAAACUCACCAUCAGCAAAAACCACUUCGUCUCGCUAUCACCAAACUUUGGGCUCUUGUCCAAGUUGGAGUAUCUCAGCAUCGCCAAGAACGAAUUGAGUCGGCUGCCUGCAGAAAUUGGACGACUGACUGAGUUGCGAUAUCUGGAUGUGCGCGAGAACAAUCUGAGUAUGCUCCCUCCGGAGCUGUGGUAUGCAAAGUUGGAGACGCUCAAUGUGUCCUCGAACGUGCUCGCCGACUUUCCCAAGCCCGGUGCUCCGUUGCCGCCGUUAUCAGAUGCUGCGACCAUUGUCACGCCCACCCCCAAUGCCAAUAGUCCGGACUUUGAGGAGUUGGGGAAGCUGGAGGAUUUUCAGCUGCGCAGACCAAGCCAAGUUUCCGGCAUGAUGAGCACAUCGAGCUCGCCGGGCACGACGUCUCGGAAGGGAUCUGUCGUGUCUGCGUACUCUGGAAAGGGGAUGCUUGGCCGAUCGAGCACCGCGAGCAGCACAACGACUCUCACCGCAGUGCCCGGAGGAUCGAGAAAGGAUUCCACCAUGUCCAGUAGGUUGGCAGCGACAUUCUCAACCUCCCUCCGACAUCUGUUUUUGGCAGACAAUCGACUCGAGGACGAUGUCUUCAACGAACUCGUACUUCUGCCGGAGCUUCGCAUUCUCAACUUGUCCUACAACCAGCUCUACGAUGUGCCCCCGCGUACCAUCCGAAAGUGGACUCACUUGACCGAGCUCUAUCUGUCCGGCAACGACCUUACGUCGAUACCGUCAGAAGACUUGGAGGAGACUUCAUCACUCAAAGUGUUGCACAUCAACAACAACAAGUUUCAAGUCCUGCCGGCAGAGUUGGGCAAGAUCCAACGACUUGCCAUUCUCGAUGUGGGUAGCAAUAUGCUGAAGUACAACGUCUCGAACUGGCCAUACGACUGGAACUGGAAUUGGAAUCGCCAGCUGCGAUACCUCAAUUUGUCAGGAAACAAACGUCUGGAGAUCAAGCCCAGUGCGCAAUCGCUUAGUGGGCGGGACCAGCGCGACUUGACUGAUUUCUCGUCGCUGAUCAACUUGCGCAUCCUGGGACUGAUGGAUGUCACCCUCACAAUUCCAUCUGUGCCUGAUCAGGCUGCUGACAGACGAGUACGGCUUGCCGGGUCGCUCAUCGGCAACACCAUGCCAUACGGUAUGGCAGACACGCUCGGCCGCAACGAGCACUUGUCCACGCUUGACCUGGUCGUACCGCGAUUCCGAGGACACGAAGAUGAGGCUCUUGUCGGGCUUUUUGAUGGACAAUCUCUUUCAUCGGGUGGCAGCAAGAUAGCUAAGUUCCUGCACGAGAAGUUCAAGCACUACUUCAUCGAGGAACUCGACAAGAUCGAUAGUGAACGAGAAACGCCGCUGGACGCACUCCGACGAACGUAUCUGAGCCUGAACAAGGAGUUGGCCACGACUGCCACACAAGUCAUGGAUGCGCGUGAACGCCCCAGCAGUGCAUUGUUACAUCGAGGAAGCGUUGCCGGACCAGAUCUCGGCGACGACGAUAUCAUGUCUGGCAGUACGGCCACGGUCAUGUACCUCCACGGCUUGGAGCUCUACAUCUCGAACGUGGGAGAUGCACAGUGUUUGCUCAUACAAUCCGAAGGAGGACACCGAAUCAUCACAAAGAAGCACGAUCCGGCCGAGACAAGCGAACGCCAACGCAUUCGCGAAGCUGGCGGCUACGUGUCCAGACAAGGAAAACUCAACGACCAGCUCGAUGUUUCGCGUGCCUUCGGAUAUGUUCAGCUUGCGCCUUGCAUCAUUGCGGCACCGGCUUUGAACAAGAUUGACAUCAAAGAGCAGGACGAGAUGAUCUUGCUGGCUUCUCGAGAGCUCUGGGACUACCUGACGCCCGACUUCGCGGUGGACGUCGCGAGACAAGAGCGUGGAGACUUGAUGAGGGCAGCGCAAAAGCUGCGGGAUCUCGCUAUCGCAUUUGGAGCGACGGGAAAGAUCAUGGUGAUGAUGGUCGGAGUCAGUGACCUCCGUAAACGUGAGAAGAUGGCGCGCUUCAGAACGCAUUCUAUGAGUAUGGGUCCUUCCGGCUCGCCAGAUGAUUACUUUACGACGGUGCGCAAAGCCAAGCGGGGACGCGACGCGGUGGGUGACUCCAAGCUCGCUCGACUCGAUCAGGAAGUGGACGCGCCGACCGGAGACGUGACACUCGUCUUCACGGACAUCAAGAACAGCACCAUCCUGUGGGAAACAUACCCCAUCGCCAUGCAAUCUGCCAUCAAGAUGCACAACGAAGUCAUGCGCCGACACCUGAGAAUCAUUGGCGGCUAUGAGGUGAAGACGGAAGGCGACGCGUUCAUGGUCGCCUUCCCCACCGUCACGAGCGCGCUUCUGUGGUGCUUCACCAUUCAGAGUCAGCUGCUCGAAGUGCAGUGGCCCCAAGAGAUCCUCAACAGUGUGCACGGAGAAGAGAUGCAGGACGCAGAUGGCAAUGUCAUCUUCCGAGGUCUGAGUGUGCGAAUGGGCAUUCACUGGGGUCGGCCGGUGUGCGAAAUCGACCCUGUCACGAAGCGCAUGGAUUACUUUGGUCCGAUGGUCAACCGCGCCGCUCGUAUCGAGAGCGUCGCUGAUGGUGGUCAGAUCUGUGUAUCCUCGGACUUCAUUCAAGAGGUGCAAAGAAUGCUGGAAAGCCACAUCGAGUCUGAUCGGGUAGGCUCGACCGGCUCAGAGGAUACGUUGAAUGAUGAUGUGCUCACGCAGACCAUCCGACGCGAGCUUCGAUCGCUCAGCAGUCAAGGGUUUGAGGUGAAGGAUCUGGGUCAGCGCACACUCAAGGGCCUGGAAAACCCAGAGUACAUCUACCUGAUGUACCCGCAUUCGCUGGCCUCGCGACUGGUGGUCCAACAACAGAAGGCCGAGGCAGAGUCCAGGGUCGCGCAGGACCUGGCGAGUGAGGCGAAGAAGACACGGAAUAGUCAGCUCACCAUUGACACAGACAGCGUGUGGGAUCUGUGGAACGUGUCAUUGCGGCUCGAGAUGCUCUGCAGCUCGUUGGAGAGUACUGGGGCCAACACUCUCCGACCACCCGAGACGGCGCUUCUGGAGAAGAUCAAACAUGGCGGAGGCGAGAUUACUGAUCGAUUCUUGAUCAACUUUGUUGAGCAUCAGAUCAGUAGGAUUGAGACUUGCAUUUCAACCCUCGCCGUCCGCAACAUGAUUCGACCCUUCAAGAACGGAGUGCUCAAUCAAGCAUGCCCAAUGUCCGAGAUUCUCGCGGAGCUAGCUGCACAACUGGCAGAAUUGAAAGUAAUGAAGGCGGCACAGGGAGAUGUGGAAUUCGCAGAUGCAUAAGACGUGCAGUGCUAUUCAGGAAGGCGAACGAAGUGAAGCGCACACAGAGAUGACAUGAAAGAUGACGGCAAGAGUAGUAAUGUAUGGUAUGGAUGGGCGGGCAGUGGAAGAGACGCUGCCUGCCAUAUGCACGCCGAUUCGCGUGAUGGAUUUAGAGGAAGAAGCAGAGCACUGCUCGACGAAUAUGAUUGCAUUAUUAUUCUUACAUGGCACAGGAACGGACACGAGGGGUGGGGAGGCUGUUCUGAGUUGCCUUUUUGAUUGUGUAUUUUUUUGUUUCGCUCCACGCUGGGAGACGCGUUCGAGCGACGGGGAGUCGAAGCGCGCGCGCCAAAGCGGAAGGCCCGCUGCUUCUGCCAAUUUUUGUACUACUAGGUACCUUAUACUACUAUAUGAC